AUGGAAACUAGAGAUGAUGCGGAUGUGGUGAUACCAAAAGAAGUGAUCAAGAAGGCUCAGGAUAAACUUGAGAAUGUUCUGUACGGCUAUUUCUUGGGUAAUAGGCUUCCGUUUCCGGUAGUAGAAUAUUACGCAAAGAAUGUUUGGGCGAAGUUUGGAUUUUCAAAACUCAUGAUGAAUGCGGGCGGCUUUUUCUUUUUCAAAUUUGACACCAAAGAAGGUAUGUUAAGUGUGUUGGAAGGUGGUCCUUGGCUCAUUAGGAAAAUUCCGUUAUUCUUAAAUAUUUGGACUCCCUCAGUUAGCUUGAAAAAGGAUGGGAUUAAAACGGUGCCGGUUUGGAUUAAGUUUCAUAAUGUUCCUCUUGCUGUGUAUACCGAUGAGGGGCUUAGUCUAUUAGCGUCGAAGCUCGGAAUUCCAAAACGACUUGAUGCCUACACGGCUGAUAUGUGUGCUGAAAAUUGGGGCAGAACAAGUUUUGCUCGAGCAAUGAUAGAGAUCUCGGCUGAUAAUGAAUUAAAAGAUCACAUUGUUCUUGCUAUCCCUAAACUAGAUGAAGAGGGUUAUCUGAUGGAAAGAGUGGACGUUGAAUAUGAGUGGAAACCUCAUAGGUGUGCGGUUUGUUGUUUAUUUGGUCACUCGGAUGCGAAGUGUCCUAAAUCUGUUAAUGUUAAGCCGAAGCAAGUUACAACCGAUGAGGAGGGUUUUGUUACCGAUACUAGGAAAGUGGCAAGACACGGAUUUCCUCAAAAGAAGCAGAAGGCUAGAGUUGUUUAUAGACCAAAGAAUAUCCAUGCGGGUCCGGAACCAUCUGGCACAAAGAGCGUUAAUGCAGAACGGCAUGUGGAUAAGGUUAAUCAGGAAGGUAACAAGCGUGAUCUGAAUUUGAGGAAUUCUUUUUCGGUCCUGGAUAGUAUGGCUGAUGGGGUUCCGAGUACGAGCAAUAGUCAAGAAGAUAGGCCUCUAGUAGAUGAAUUUGUGCGGCAAAACACAACUGAGACGGCUGAAUUUAUGUGUGCUGGAACUAGUGAUAAAAAAUCUGAGGGGGCAAGCACUCCCGGUUUAGAUGGUGUCCAUGGAUAG